AUGGCAAAACUCACUUCGAAUGACUACCUCAUGCUCGCCGGUUCCUUCCAUGGCAUGCACGCCAUAACCGCCCAACUCUGCCCCGUUCCCCCACCUCGCCCGCCCCCAACCACCACCUCAAGCGGCACCAGCAUCCCAACCUUCCCCGUGCGCGCCACGGGCAUCGAAGUCCUCGAGUCCUCGCACUUCCGCGUCCAGUGCUUCCAGACGCAAACGGGCGUCAAAUUCCUGCUGUUUACGGAACCCCAGCAGCCGAAUGUGGAUACGAUGAUGAAGAAGAUAUAUGAGCUGUAUGCGGAUUUCGUCAUGAAGAAUCCGUUUUAUACGGUCGAGAUGCCCGUUCGGUGUGAGAAGUUUGACAGGGGGUUGGAUGGGUUUGUCAAGGUUAGGGGGUGA